UUUCUAACGGUUGUCAGUUUAUAGGUUAAUACAAUGUGUAAUUUUUAAAAGUUAAAACGUAAAUAAAAAGCUUAUAAAAUACAGUCUUCAUACGUAUUAAGAUAACGCUUUCUUAUAGAUAAAAAAACACACGACAUUGCGUAAAAUUUGUGCAAGUAGGACACAACUUGACGCAACACAAGACCAAAACAGGAACCGAUUUUCAUUUGAAAACUCUACGUGCACAAUAUAUAUAUUGUCUAAAUAACUUUUUGCCAUAAUUGCUAUCUACACCUGUACAUUACAUAGUUUUAUUGGACCCAUCAUAGAUGCACAAAAAAGGAUUAACAAAUUCAAAUACAAAAAUCAGAGGUGUUCAUCAGCGCAUCAUUUAACGUUAGCACAUGCAUCCGACAUUCCGUUGGUUUGCGGCUGCAAUGCAGUGCUUGUUUAUGGAUGCACAUGUGCAAGCGUUUGAAUCUGAACAUUUCCAUAUAUAGGCUUCGUCACGGGAUGAAGCUCCACUGUAAACUCAUCUCUAAUCACAGCAGACCAACAACAGCGCCGCUGAUCCCAGAACAGCAGACAUGUCAUCACCCGAGCAGAUCAUAGAGAUCGUAAUGGAUGACAAGACGUACAACGUGAGUAAAAGCAAACUGAUAGAGAAGAGCGAUUACUUCCGCGCGCUCUACAGCUCGGGGAUGCGCGAGUCGGCGGAGGAUUCGGUGCAGCUGCAAGGACUGAGCGGACCCGGACUGGAGCUUGUGCUGGAGUUCAUCAACACCUCUAAAGUUCAGGUCGCCAACGAAACACUGGAGGAUCUCAUCGAAACGGCAUCCUUCCUGCAGGUUACGCCUAUAUUAAAACUGCUAGUGUCAGAAAUCAAGCUUGAAAACUGCGUCGAGCUCGUGAAACUCUCUGAAGUGUACGGGACGCACGAUUUGCGCAAUGCAUGCUUAAAGUACAUGAGUUGCUAUUAUCAUCCGAUGCUGCGCAGGCCGGAGUUUUGGAUGUUGCCAGCGCAUCUUCGGGAUCAAAUCAGGGAUAUGCGCAUGAAAGGCAUGGCCACUUUAGUUGCAAUUGGAGAUUUCACAGAUACGUGUCUGGAUCUGGCAAAUCAGGAUGAACCGUGGAGUAUGUUGAGGUAUGAUGAACUAGAUCAACGUUGGAAACCUCUAGCCAAUAAUCUUCCUCCGGACAUGAUCAAUGUUAGAGGUUAUGGGUCUGCUGUGCUGGAUAACUACUUGUUUAUUGUUGGUGGCUACAGAAUGACAAGUCAAGAGAUCUCAGCUGCCCACUGCUACAACCCAUGCAAAAAUGAGUGGAGUCACGUGGCACCCCUAAACCAGAAAAGAUCCAACUUCAAGCUUCUGGCAGUCAGUGGCAAACUAUAUGCAGUUGGCGGUCAUUGUCUGGGUACGGUGGAGUGCUACAGUCCCGAACAGGACUGGUGGACGUGCGUGUCGUCUUUGCCGGAUCCCCUGGCUGAGUUCUCUGCCUGUGAGUGUCAAGGCAUGAUCUACGUCAUGGGCGGUUACACCGCUAGAGAUAGAAACACCAGCAUUCUUCGCUACUGCCCCGCCUCAGACUCAUGGUCCAUCUUUCAAUCUUGCUCCGUUCAUGUGCGCAAGCAGCAGAUGCUCUCAUUGGAAGACACCAUCUACCUAGUGGGUGGAUACACGCAUGAUCUAGAACCGGCAGAAGCUGGCGGACGGAGGACCAAUCAGACGGAGGACGUGUUGACGGUACAGACCUACAACGUGCAGACGGGCGAAUGGUUGUAUCUAAAGGAGAACACAUCCAAGUCCGGCAUGAAUCUCACCUGCACGCUGCACAACGACGGUAUCUACAUCAUGAGCAGAGACAUCAGCUUGCCCACCAGCCUGGAGCAUCGUGUGUUUCUCAAAUAUAACAUAUUUUUAGAUGCUUGGGAGGCUUUUAGACGUUUCCCCGCACUGGGACAAAACAUGUUGCUUUGUUCUCUUUACCUGCCCAGUGUCCUAUGAGCCACACUGCUCUUGGGAAGACUGCAGACUGCUUUUGUAGCAAACCUAGCCAAUCAGAAGACUGGUCAGAAAUGACAGCAGCCAACGCUAAAAGACUUUAAAUGAUCACUCCAAAAUAUAGCAAACAACCCUCAGUAUUUAGUAUCACCAUCUGUUAAGGUACCUGUGUAUUCAAAAGCAGCUAAAACAUUAUUUCAUGUAUAUAUAUUUACAUAGGGAGAGAGCACAUAAACAUUCCCAACAAGCACAAAAUUAAUGCCAAUGCAUGGGCCUUAUAUCUAGACAUAUAUAACAACAUAAACUAAUAUAUCACUACAAACAAUUGCGGAGUGAAAUGAGAACACUAAAAUAAAAAUGCUUGAACUUAAGAAAUAACAUAAAGGUUUAAACGAAUAAUGAAAGUACAGUCAUUAUAUACUCAGCCUCAAGUUGUACCUUUAUGUGUUGUUCUGAAUGCAAAUGUAGAUAUCUUGAAUAAAAAUGUUAGAUUUGGGGCACCAUUCACUUCCAUGGUAUUAGAUUUUUCCUACUAUUGAAGUGAAUGGUGCCCCAGAUCUGCUCUGUUACAAACAUUAUUCAAAAUAUCUUCUUUUGUGUUGUUCAGCAGAAUAGAGAAAUGUAUACAGUUUUUAAACAAAUUGAGGGCGAGUAAAUGAUGACAGAUUUUUUUAUUUUUUGUGAACUAUCCCUUUGAGGACUAGUGAGUCACUUAAACAUGAAUGAUGAUUGUUGGACAUCAUUUUAGUCUGAGACUAAGUAUACACUGUUUGAGGUGGUUUCCCGGACAGGGUUCAGAUUAAUUCAGCACUAUGCCUUAUUUAUAUUAGGACAUUUAAGGAGUUUUUACAAACAUACCUUACAAAAUACAUUACUGGUGUGUAUCUUGAGACGAAACACUGACACUGAUAAAUUUUAGUCUGGGACUAGACUUAAACUCUGUCUGGGAAACUGCCCCUUUGUGCCUGGGCAGUCUGGACUUUGAUCUGGACUGUUAAUGUCUUAUUUUCUUCCAAAUAUAUCUGGGAGAGGUGUCUUAAAAUGUGUUGCACAAAUACCUAAGUCUGACCUAAACCGCUGUGAUAUGUUUUUGAAUUUAUUUAAGAGGACCUGUUGAGAAAAAGGUAAGCGCUAUUUUGUAAAGAGUUAGGUAGUUUAUAAUUUACUUUUUCAUUUUGUAAUUUGACACUUCAUUUACUAUGCUGAUCUAAAAUGGAUGAUGGUUGAAAUGAGAAUCUCCACAGUUGCCUUGAAUAUGCAAGUGAGUUGAGUUAAUAAAAGGCUCUAUUUUACUGA